AUGUUCGACGUUAUCGUUAUCGGCGCCGGGCUCAGUGGUCUGCAGGCCGCGUACUCUGCCCAAAAGGAGGGACUGUCGGUAGUCGUUGUUGAAGCUAGGGACCGCGUGGGAGGCAAAGUCUGGAGCGUUCCUCUUGUAUCCAAUCGUGGCCGGGCUGAUCUCGGUGCCGCGUGGAUUAACGAUACCCUGCAGCCAAAGGUCUGGGCUUAUUGCAGGCAGUUUGGCCUCGAUGUUAUCAAGCAGCGAUUAGAAGGAAACGCCAUUAUGCAAAAUGAGGAUGGCAGUCGCAUCGUCUUCCCUUUUGGCAUAACUCCCGAUUUCUCGGACGAGCAGAAAACCAACCUAGAAACAAUUCGCGAUCAUAUACAAGCUGUGUCUCUCCGCAAAGAACAGCCUUUGGUCAUAGACGAUGGCAUCAGCCUCGAUGCGUAUGUAGCCAAGCUUGGAGCCAAUGACAAGACGCGUAAAAUGGUGAACCUUUGGGCUCGUGUGAUGCACGGCGUCGAGUCAACUGAGGAGUCCGCCGCAUGGUUCAUCGACUACUGCCGCACCAACCACGGCCUUUUGGCGAUUCGCGCGGACAAUCAAACCGGCGGGCAGUACUUGCGCCUCACUGGCGGCGCGCAACAAAUUGCCGACGGCCUUGCCAGUCUGGUAGGCCACGAGAAUAUACAGCUUUCGUCCCCGAUUCUGUCCAUUACGGACGCUAAAUCGUGCGUUACAGUCACAACCACGGCAGGCAAGUCUAUUUCUGGGAAGAAGUGUAUUGUCUCAAUUCCAAGUACACUGUACCGAGAUCUCAAGUUCUCGCCCGCUCUCCCCCCCGCUGUGGAAAGAGUCGCCGAUGGCACCAAGCUAGGCCACUACAACAAAGCCAUUGUCUGCUACGAUACGCCAUGGUGGCGGAAACUGGGCUACAAUGGCUUUGCCAUGAGCUUCACAGGGCCGGUCAUAGUCGCUCGUGAUACCAGCGUCGAUGAGAGCCGCAUGUAUUCGCUGACAUGUUUUGUCAAUGGUGCGGAAGGCGAGAAAUGGGCCAAACUAUAUCCCCAUCAGCGUCGUGCGGUGGUUCUCGAACAGCUCGCAACGCUGUAUGAUGUAUCCGAGGAUGCAGAGGUAUAUCGCCCGAUUGAGUUCUUUGACCAAAUUUGGAAACAUGAGCUCUACAGUAAAGGUGCACUAGCACCAAUCACGGCUAUUGGCCAAUACACAGAGUAUAAAACGAUAUGUGGAAGACCCGUGGGAAACUUGCAUUUUGUUGGUACCGAAUUUUCUGGGCAUUGGAAAGGCUAUAUGGAGGGCGCCUUGGUUUCGGGGGAACUUGGGGCUACUGAGGUCGCCCAGAGCCUCAAUCGCCAACCUGUGCGGGCGGCGUUCUAA